AUGGCAUCGACGCAGCAGCAGCAGCAGGACAUUGCCGGUGCAGGCACCAACGGCAGGCCCAUCGUCUUCAUGGACAUCACCAUCGGCGAGAACCCAGCGGGGCGUAUCAAGUUUGAGCUCUUCUCGGACAUUGUGCCAAAAACCGCGGAAAACUUCCGGCAGCUGUGCACGGGCGAGCACCGCCUCAACCACCAGCCGCAGGGCUAUAAGAACUCGAUCUUCCACCGUGUCAUCCGCGACUUUAUGUGCCAGGGCGGCGACUUUCUCAACGCCGACGGCACGGGCAGCCUCAGCAUCUAUGGAGACAAGUUCGAAGACGAGAACUUCGAGCUCAAGCACGACGCACCUGGCCUCUUGAGCAUGGCCAACUCCGGUCCAGGCACGAAUGGCUGCCAGUUCUUCAUCACCUGCCAGCCCUGCGACUUCCUCGACGGAAAGCACGUCGUCUUUGGCAAGGUCGUCGAGGGCCUCUUGACGCUGCGCAAGAUUGAAAACGUCCCCACGGGCGCCAAUAACCGACCCAGAAUACCCAUCCGCGUCACUGAAUGCGGAGAGAUGUGA